UGUUCAUCCAAGAUUUGCAAGGCUUGUGAAUGACUUGUCUUUGUGGCGACACAUUGACUUUGGCCGUGCUCCCCUCAGUCUCCAGUUUCUCCACAAAUUCAUUCGUUUCCUGGGCUCGCACACACUCUCCAUUACAGUCACGGGUUUUGUCCGAGCUAGCAUACGCUUGCAUCCUAAAGGAUCACGUUGUAUCUCUGAAGCAUUUUUGACAAGCUUGAAGCGCCGUUGUCCACAUCUCCAGGAGCUCAAUCUCCAUCGGUGUUAUAUUGAUGCAUCGACUACCAAGUUUUCAGCUCUGCCUGCCUCUCUAAGGAAGUUAUCGCUCUGCGGUUCAGCACUCUUCAAUCUACCACAGAACCGCAUGGUGGUGGUGACAUCGCCCUUUUUCCGACUGGAGAAGCACCUGCCUGUCUUGGAGGAGGUGGUUCUUGAGGGUUGUGGUGCCUGGCUCACUCGGCAAGACCUCACACUUCUCAUGAGCCACUGUCCUGCGUUACAGAUUGUGAACGUUGGACCGGCACGCUACACCCGUACAGGCCAUUGCUCGUGGGACAAAAGGGACGACAAACAUAGCAGUAGCAUUAUCUUAACACGGAAAAGGAGGGCCUGAACAAGAAGACACAGCUAAAGUAUGAAAAAGAAA